AGCCUUGCCCAAAAAAAAAAAACGAAGGGAAAGGCACCCAACGCGUCCUCGCUUCGCUCUAUAAAGGCCCAACCCUCCAAUACAAAGUCGCAAACCCUGUUUCUUGUAUGUGUGUGUAAGGAAACAGAAUGGGUGGGUUUAGAGUUGUGGUGAUGCUUCUAUUUGCGUUCAUUGGUGUUUGUGAUUACGCGGCGAAGGGCAUGGAAACUAAUCCCAACUUUGGUGACACUUGCAGCCCAUGCUGCAAUAGGGGCUUCUGCACCAGGUCAUGUCCCCCAAUUUGUCGCUGCUCGGACGUGAGGGAUCACUGUCCCAUCUGGUGCAAAAAAUGUGAUUGCACCGAAGGGGAUUCCAACUCCAAACAAUGUGUAUGCAAGGAUACCUACAACUAUUCCCCACCAGAUUGUCCGGCAUCAGGCUUUGCUGUUAAAGGGUUUGGAAGCCAGCUGAAUUUGAAGUGAAGGUCCAUCAGCUAAUUAUCUAAAACUUACUUACAUAAAUGGAAGGGUCAUCAUCGUAUAUGACCCGCAUAAAUAAAAAAAAAAAUUGUGACUCUUCACUUGGCGUCUGGGCACUGUUUGUCCAUGGAUAUGUGGGGAAGAAUCAUUUCUAUUUUUUUUUUUUGGAUAAUGCAGUGGGGUGGACAGGGCUUUACCCGCUUUCUCAACUAGAUUAGAAGCUUUUUUUUUUUUUUUUUUAAAGUAUUAGUAAAAUGGUCUUAGCUAUAAUGAAAACCAUCAUUAGGGUGUGAUUUGGUGUUUUCUUUGUACGGCCUAUCUAUAUGAAUGGACCUGUUUGACUUGGGAUGCACAAGGAAAGUGAUCAAUUGCUU